UAAUUUUGACAUAUUGCCAAAGAUAACCUCAAAAUAUAUAAACAUUGACAUGCUUCAAUAUCAAUACUUACAAAACAUUCACAAAAAUGUUUAUGUUAGUUGAAAUGACAAAAACAGUUCGAAUACCACCAGAAAAAUUCCACAUCAAAUUAAAUAAUGCGAUCACUGAAGAGUUAGAUUAUGAAUUUGCUAAUAAAGUGGUUGUUGACAUCGGCUUAAUUAUCUGUGUACGAAAUUUAAUAUCAAUUGAUGAUUCAAUAUUAAUACCGGGCGAUGGUGCCAGUCAUAUUGAAGUGAAAUUUAACGUAAUUGCUUUUCGCCCGAUAAUUAAUCAAGUUAUACAAGGGAAAAUUCGUACGUGCUCACCAGAAGGUGUCCAUGUUACAUUAGAAUUUUUCGACGAUAUCCUAAUACCACCGAAUUCGUUACCUGAACCAAGUACAUUCGACGAAACAGAACAAGCUUGGUAUUGGCAAUAUGAUAAAGGAGAUGGUGAAGUUCAUAAAUUAUACAUGGAUCCUGGUGAAAAAGUGAAAUUUCGUGUACAAAGUGAACAUUUUGAAAAUAUACCACCCGAUACUGAACAAGGUGUACCGUAUCGUAUUGUCGGUAGUAUGUCUGAACAAGGUUUAGGCGUGAUUGCUUGGUGGAAGUAAUUAAUUAUUUUUUAAUUUGUAAAUAAAAAUUGA